AUGACAGCUAGUCAUAUAUUCCCCUAUAAACAUGGGCAGGCGACUAUGGAUGCGAUUUUUGGAAGGGUCCGGCCGGCCGAGCUUUUCUCUUCGAGGAAUGGGUUAAUGCUGAACUCAAUUAUUGAGAAGCAUUUCGAUUCCGGGGUCAUGGUGAUCGUCCCUAGUCUCCCGGAAAGACCCACCGACACCAUGCUAUCGAAGUGGGUAGGGCAAGAGGUCCGCGAGUACAAACUGCGGAUCAUUGAUAACACAUGGCAACACCUAGAUAGAGUUAUCAAUAAGGAUGGCCUCACCUGGAGGAAGCUGGAUAACCGAGUCUUGCAGUUUAGGGGAAAUUACCGGCCCGCAGCACGCUACUCAUAUUUUCACUACUGCGUGCAGGUCUUAAGACGCGCAUGGAAACUUGGCCCUGGCCAAAAAACUGUAUUCCAUCUCACUGACGAGUUUGGAAAGCCCUUUUGGGGCACACCAGGGCGUUACAUUGCCAAGAAUAUGCUGAGGGCAUUGAUUGAAGAAUUAGGGCACGAAUAUGAUAACCUGCUAGAGGGCGCAACUCUGUUAAGCAGAGGUGAUGACGACCUACUCCUUAAUACAGCCGUGGCUCAAAUUGCUCCUAUUGAGGAGGCAGAUGUUGAAGAUACGGAUGAAGAGGAUUUCGAUGAUUACGACUAG